CGGCCGCGGCGGAAGCUUCCGGCGGAGGGACUGUCCCGUGGCACCUGGAGGUGCUGAGAGAACCUGGACCCCCGGAGCGGCGACGAUGGACGACCACAGCCUGGAGGAGUUCCGUCGGUGCUGGCAGGAGGAGCUGGCGCAGGCCCAGGCGCUGAGGAAGCGGCGACGGCCCGAGGCUGCCGAGCGGCGGGCGCGGAGGCCAGAGGUGGCUCCCGGGCGCGGCGAGCAGGCCUCAGGGUACCUGGCACUGGCUCAGGGCCUCCUGGAGGGCGCGGGGCGUCCCCCGGCGGCGCGGGCAACUCGGGCCGAGAGGCAGGACGCGGCGAGCCGCUCCCGCUCUCCUCCGGCUCGCGAGGGCGGCGCUGGGGGCGGAGAGCAGCUGGUGGACCAGCUCAUCCGCGACCUGAAUGAAAUGGAUGAUGUGCCCUUCUUUGAUAUCCAGCUGCCUUAUGAAUUGGCAAUCAAUAUAUUUCAGUAUCUGGACAGGAAAGAACUAGGAAGGUGUGCACAGGUGAGCAAGACAUGGAAGGUGAUUGCGGAAGAUGAAGUGCUGUGGUACAGGCUGUGCCAGCAGGAAGGGCACCUUCUAGAGAGCAGCAUCUCGGACUAUUCUUGUUGGAAGCUCAUCUUUCAAGAGUGCCGAGCCAAGGAACACAUGUUAAGAACCAACUGGAAGAACCGCAAAGGUGCCGUGAGUGAGCUGGAACACGUUCCUGACGCAGUGUUAUGUGACGUGCAUUCUCACGAUGGUGUUGUCAUUGCUGGAUAUACAUCAGGGGACGUGAGAGUGUGGGACACCCGCACCUGGGACUAUGUAGCCCCCUUCCUGGAAUCAGAGUAUGAGGAGGAUGAGUCUGGAAUGCAGCCAUAUGUCUCCUUUGUGAGGAUAAACAGCUCGCUGGCGGUGGCGGCUUAUGAGGAUGGAUUUCUUAAUAUUUGGGAUUUAAGGACUGGAAAGUAUCCUAUUCACCGUUUUGAGCACGAUGCAAGAAUACAGGCAAUAGCCCUCAGCCGGGACGAUGCAAUUGUUGCCACAGCUUCUGCUUUUGAUGUUGUGAUGUUAUAUACCAACGAGGAGGGACAUGGGCAAAUAACUGCAGAGUUUGAAGUUCAGAAACUGGUUGACUACCUUGAAAUAGUUCCCAAUACUGGAAGGUACCCCGUGGCAGUAGCCACUGCUGGAGAUCUGGUAUACCUGCUAAAAGCCGAAGACUCGGCCAGAACUCUUCACUAUGUCUACGGACAGCCUGUCACGUGUCUAGAUGUCUCAGCCACCCAGGUUGCUUUUGGUGUGAAGAGUCUGGGAUGGGUGUACGAAGGAAACAAGAUCCUGGUGUACAGCCUGGAAGCAGAACGCUGCCUCUCGAAGCUGGGUAAUUCUCUUGGUGACUUCACAUGUGUCAACCUCAGGGACAGCCCACCCAACCUCAUGGUCAGUGGCAACAUGGACAGGAGGGUGAGGAUCCAUGACCUCCGCACGGAUAAAAUCGCCCUGUCGCUCUCUGCCCACCAGCUUGGGGUCUCUGCUGUCCAGAUGGACGACUGGAAAAUCGUCAGUGGAGGCGAGGAAGGCCUGGUGUCCGUGUGGGAUUAUCGGAUGAACCAGAAGCUGUGGGAGGUGCAUUCCAGGCACCCUGUGCGUCACAUCUCGUUCAACAACCACAGCCUCAUCACAGCCAACGUGCCCUACGAGCGGGUGGUGCGAAACGCCGACCUGGACAACUUUGCGACUCACGAGAGGCACCGGGGGCUGAUCCACGCCUAUGAGUUUGCAGUAGACCAGCUGGCCUUCCAGAGCCCUCUUCCCAUGUGCCGUUCAUCCUCUGACACCAUGGCUGGCUACAACCACGACCUCGCGCUGGCUUUUUCCUAUGACCGUAUUUAGGGAGAAAGAUUUUUGUAAGUCUUUCUUAUAAAAUCAGCGGAGCUGCACCUGGGUGACAGCGUAGGCUCCUGCACCCCCUUCGCCAGUGCACUCCGCCUGUGAAAAGCUGGAGUCUCUCAAGGUUUAUUCCUCUCUCCUGUGGCUUUGAGUACCAAAUGCUGAUGACUCAAACCUAACCUCCUUCCCCAUGUGCCUCCCAUGGACACCCCUCCAGCCCACCCUGUGAUGCCCCCACAUCCUUUCAUACACUACAGCUGCAGGGCCCCUGCUCCAUCCCGGCUCUUUGACGCGCUAUCCUAGCAGGACUCUUUCUUCAUAGCUUUUACCAUGCUUUAGAAUUAUAUAUUUAUACAGUUACUGUUUCAUUAAUGACUAUUUUGUUUACUACUACAUUUACAGUAUGUGAUACAAAGUUCAUAUUUUCUAAGUAUCCAUUGACUAAGCAGCCAUCCUCCAUAGGGAAUGGAAGGUGAGCCUCCGCAGACAAUGAGGAACCCUGACCUGAAACCACUGAGAUAAAACAGGACUGUCCAGUUUGAUACCAUAGCUUCCAAUCCCAAAGUAUUAAAGCCAGUGCUACAGUACUCUUGAUUUAUGUCUUUCCUAAACAGAAGCAGCAUCCAGCUAAUAUGCCUUCGAAAUAGAACAACAGAGAGAAAAUCCACCCUCACAGAUUUGUAGGAUUUGCUAUCAUUAACAAGCUUGAUCCUAUAGGUGCCUUAGCGCAUGCACAAAGGCCACAAAAAACAGCUCAGAUGUGCCAAGACUGAUACUACACAGGCCAGAUUCACUGACCUAAGCCAGUAUAAUCAUAAAUCAACAAAAUAGUAAAACAUACACCUGGAAAUUCCAAACACUCUUGCCUAUGACCUCUCUAGACCAGGCUAAUAAUGAAAGGGCUGAAUACAAAACCCAGAAGGGACGGAGAAGAGCUGCGACUUUUUUAGUAGAAAAUAAAUGAACAAGCUUUCACCCCAGAAAGUUCAAAAAAGGUAGCAGCUAUCCUAAAGAAAGUAGAAGGAUUCAUUAAUAUCUGCUUUUAUUCUUAUUUAAUCAAAUAGAAAACCAACAAAUAGUUAAUAUGAAGCCAAAAGCAAUUUUUUAAAGAGAAAAUAUUCAACUCUUGGCUAAGCAAAAAGGCUCAAGGGGCGGUGAGGAACUGAACCAAGUGAAGUCCCUUCAGUGUAGGGGUCAGUUGCUCACAUUGAUGCAUGAGAAAAACAGCUUCUCUGUUGCACAUAGGUGCAUAUUAUUGAGGAGGCCUGGAACUUUCCAGUCACGAAGGUGGUUCAAAUUGCUUAAUUAAAUGUCCAUCUGCAACUACGUGGAAAAGUGGAGCCCAACUGGGAAGCGUCACCUCCCUGGGGCCCCAGAGGGCUCUCUGCCGCUUUUCCACCGUAUUGUAAGUGAAGGCAGCCUGCCCUUAGCAAACGCAGGCGUUUUACCUGCUCUUGUCUGUGUAAGGUUUCCAUUAAGCCUGCAUUUCCUUUCUCCCAGAGUCUGAGUGCAGCUGUGCCACUGCUCUGGGGAGAAGGGCAGUCCUCUCUAGAAGCAGUCUCUUUCUGUCUGAUUUUGCAGGUACGCACGCUCCCUCCCUACCUUUGCAGCAAUUUAGACCCAGAAAUUUUCACUAAACCUGCCAUCAUUCACUGCCAAGAGCUGGGCCAGGGUGCAAACAUCACAGGCUCAGUUUCCCCCCCCCCCCAGCCUGUUUAGAAUGUCCCUCCCAUUCAUGAAAACUGCCUGGGUUCUGUGAAGGAGAACGUAUUCUUCAGAAACACCAGCCUCAGACAGUGUUUGCUGCUGGAAACCCGAACAAAACGGGCAGAAGGUACAUACACCCUUUAAACCAACACCCAGCAAUAACAAAAUCCUUCGGCAGCUGUCGCCUCUGCUCACCCCCCUCACCUUUACCCCUUUGGCGUUCUGGGUUUUUAGUGGAUUUAUCAUCCACUUUUCUUUAGCUCUUCUGCUUCUCAAUCUCUUCCACUCGGCAUCUCCCCUAGAGACAGAAGAGACUCAAAUAUGCCGCGCAGGAGCCGGAGGGCCAACCCCCAGGGGCUCUUGCUUUCUACUCCGUGUGUUGAGUUUGCAUAUUAAAUGCUUUGAAUUUAUACAUUGCUCAAAUCAUUUUAACACGUGGGCAAGGUAUUACCUCCUCUCCCCCCAUUCCCCUGAAAUCUUACCUGCCAUCAUGGCCCUGUUUGUAGCUCACAGUUGAGUGGCAGGUCCCAGAACCUCCACUACAGGGGUCCGAGCCCAGGAUACAAGCAACCCGCAACAUUAUACCGUAACUCCUCGCUUAUCAUCAUCCUUGGGUUCCUGGAAACCGCAACUUGAAGUGAAACAAUGUAUAACUAAACCAGUUUUACCACAGGCAAACGGAUACAAACAAGAGUUAAGGUCCUGCGGCACAUUUCUGGUCACGAAAACAUCACCAAACUUUGGAAGUUUGAACCAAACAUUUCUAAUACUAAACACUGAAAUAAAUGUGAGCUAUACCUACAUUUAACAAAGAUUAAUAAAGUCAGUAUUUACCCA